AUGGGGGCCGUCGUGCCAAAUCCCACAGACAACACAACUGGAUCUCUCUGUCCACCUGGAAGCUUCUGCCAGCGGGGACUCAGAGCAGGAGAUUGCUGGGCAGGAUUUUAUUGCGACUGGGGCUCAAGCAAAGCAGAUCAGACUCUGUGCCCGGCUGGUUUCUUUUGCCCCGGUGGAACAGCAGCUCCGAUCCCGUGUCCUGCAGGAACAUUCAGCUCUCAAACCGGCAACACAAAUCAAGGCAACUGCACCACCUGCACUCCAGGACACUAUUGUCAAGUUGAAGGUACAUCCCGUCCCGCACUAUGUCCUGCGGGACACUAUUGUCCUGCAGGUGUGAUUUCUGGUUUGGAGUUCCCAUGCCCCCCUGGCACGGUGCAGAGUCAAGUUGGAGCAUCCAGUCCUGACGCCUGCAUGCUCUGCCCUGCUGGAAUGUUCUGCUCUGAGUUUGGUCAGACUCAGCCCAGUGGCCUCUGUGAGGCAGGAUACUUCUGUCCUGCAGGAUCAACCAGUCCAAACUCUACUGAGUAUCAGAGUGAUUCCACUGGGACACUUCUUUGUCCACCCGGUCACUACUGUCCCGCCGCUACUGGAUACCCUCUGCCCUGUCCCGUAGGGUCUCUGUCCGUUUCUCUGGGACUAAAGGCUGUUGAUGAAUGCCCACCUUGCCCCCCUGGACUAUUUUGUGACAAACCUGCAAUCGCUGAUCUCUCACAGGCUUCCCCAUGCGAGGCUGGGUAUGUGUGUUUGGGUGGCAGCUCCAGUCCUACCCCCUCUGAUGGCUCCCGUGGCUACCUCUGCCCUGCUGGCCAUAGCUGUCCUGCUGGCUCAGCAAGCGCUCUGCCCUGCGCGCCUGGCACUUUCAGCCCGGCGCCCGGAGCUGCCCACUGCACAGCAUGCCUCAAAGGGACCAUGUGUUCCCUCUUAGCCACUCAAGAACCCUCCACCUGCCCGGCUGGAUAUUACUGUCCCGCUGGGACCGCCUUGCCUCACCCUUGUCCCUCAGGAACACUCAGUAACCAGACAGGAGCCUCCUCUCUGUCUGUCUGCUCGCCCUGUCCCUCUGGACUGUUCUGCAGCUCUAAUGGAGCCUCAGCACCAGACGGUCCGUGUUUAGAGGGUUUUUUCUGUGAAGGCGGAGCUAUGCAACCAACACCACAAGCCUCAGAUAACUUUCCCAGGAACGGACCGUGUCCUGAGGGCCACUAUUGUCCGACGCGCUGCCUCGCUCCCAUCCCAUGUCCUCUUGGCAGCAUUCGCAACACAACUGGCGGUGUGUCCAUGGAAAGCUGCUCUGCUUGUCCUGCAGGUCAUUACUGCUCCACUGAGGGUCUGGCGAGCCCUACCGGCCCGUGUGCUGCUGGUUUCUACUGCCCUUUUGACUUCUCUUCAACCACUCCGUAUGCUUUCCUUUGUCCAAAGGGCCACUACUGUCCACAAGGAUGUGCCCUGCCUUUGCCAUGUCCCACGGGAGAGUACCAGCCCAACUCGGGUUCAGAUAGCUGCAUCCCCUGUCGACCUGGAUUCUACUGCGAGGAGGCCAUAGUGGGAGAACCACGGCCCUGCCCUCCAUACUCCUACUGCCCUGCAGGGACAAUGGUCCCUCAGCCUUGCCCAAAUGGAACGCACACUCGUUCCAAUCAGGGAGGACUCCAGGAAGAAAGAGAGUGGCUGGGAGAGUCCAGGGUGUUUGUGCUGCAGGUUAUCUUUGUGUUUCUGGGAGUGCAGAUUUCACCCCUCAGGGACCAGUGCCUGACCUGCUCCAUUGUCAGUGGGGCGUGCAGUGUGCCGGGCCAUGUCCCCCAGGUUUUUAUUGUCCUGAAGGAACAGAAAAGGCCCAAAUGUGCCCUGCAAACACUGUCAGAAGGUCCCCAGGAGGCGCCAGUCUGCAGGACUGCUCACCCUGCCCACCUCAGUACUGGUGUCACCCUGGGGACCCAGUCAUUCAUCUGUGCCCUGCUGGCCACUACUGUGAUGGUCUGCCGGGCAGCAACUUCAAUGGAGGGACGGGACCCAGACCGUGUCCUCUGUACACGUAUCGAGCUUCCCCUGGAGCACAAAGCAAGGGCGACUGCCUGCCCUGCCCCCCUGGUUCACACUGUGACAGCACAGGUCUGA